AAUUAACAAAGGCCCUGUUAUUCAGCCACAAACAAGUACAUCAACAACCCAGUCAAUCCUCACUCCAAUAAUAAAUCUCACUUUUAAGUUUCUCUUCUCUUCUUGAUUUUCAUUUUAAUUUCAUUUUUACUCAAAAAAGCUCGAAAACCCCCAAUAAUGGCGGCUCCGUCGUCGUCGUCGGCGUCGUCCAACGUGAUGCUGGCCCUCUACGAGAAGAAGACCACGCAAAUCGACCUCUACCGCCCUCUCCGCAACUUCAUCGCCUUCAAUUACUCCGAGCGCGAGGCCCAGAACCUCGACGAUGAUCUCCAAACCCUAAAGCAGCUCCGCUCCGACGUCGAGCGCCACUCCGACCCUUCCCUCCCCGCCCGCCGCGACCUCCUCCAGAGCUACUUCAAAACCCUCUGCCUCGUCGAGACUCGCUUCCCGAUCUCCCCCGAUAAGGAUCACAUCAAUUCCAUUACUUUCGUAUGGCACGACGCCUUCAAGAACAAGCAGAAGGCAUUGCAGCAGAACAUUCAUCUCGAAAAAGCCGCCGUGCUGUUCAAUUUGGGCGCCGUCUACAGCCAGAUUGGUCUGUCGUACGAUCGGUCGACUGUUGAGGGCCGGAGGCAGGCGUCGCACGCGUUCAUCGCUGCGGCGGGGGCGUUCGCCUUCCUGAGGGACAACGCCGCCACGAAGGCGUCGAUCGGGAGCUCCACGACGGUGGAUUUGUCGGUGGAGUGCGCCGGGAUGCUCGAAAGGCUUAUGCUGGCGCAGGCGCAGGAGUGCGUGUUUGAGAAUUCGAUAGCCAAAGGGAGCACUCCCGGUGUCUGCGCUAAGAUCUCUAGGCAGGUUGGAUUAUAUUAUGAGGAGGCUUUAGCGGCCCUGAAUGCCGCACCUUUAAACCAACAUUUUGAUAAGGGUUGGGUAUCUCAUGUUCAGCUAAAGGCAGCUCUAUUUUUUGCGGAAGCUUGCUAUAGGUAUAGUUUGGAGUUGCAUGAGAAAGAAGAGAUUGCGGAGGAAAUUGCACGGUUGAAGAGCGGGAUCACGGCACUAUCUGAGGCUAAGAAAUCUUCGAAAGGGGCUCCUGCACAGCUUUUGGAAGCAAUUACCAAGUUGGAGGCUACUAUUAAUCGCAACCUGGAGAGGGCUGUGAAGGAGAAUGAUAGAGUUUAUCUCAUGAGGGUUCCUUCCCCUACUUCUUUACCACCUCUCCAGUCAUUUUCCAUGGUGAAGCCAAUGGCAAUGAAUGAGGUGUUGGACGCAAGCAAGGAAAAGAUGUUUGCGAGUCUGGUUCCAGACAGUAGUGCAAAGGCACUUUCCAGGUACACUGAAAUGGUCGACGAUAUUAUCAGAACACAAGCAGAAAAAUUGCAACAAGCUAGUGAGCUAACCCGGGUCAGGCUUAAGGAAAUGGACCUACCAGAAUCUGUUCUGGCCUUGGAAGGAAAUUUCUCUCUCCCGACAGAUUUGAAAGAAGAUGUGGAGGCAGUGCAGGUUUGUGGGGGUCCAGCUGGUUUGGAAGCUGAGUUACAACAGCUUAAAGAUCUGAGGAGGGUGAACCAGGAAAUGCUGCUUCAGGUUGAGGAACUCUUGCAGAAAGAGGCAAGAGAAGAUGGUCAGUUUAGAAGCCAAUUUGGAACACGGUGGACGAGGCCUCAGUCCAGCACUCUUACAAAGAAUCUGCAGGAUAGGUUGAACCGUUUUGCAGCUAAUUUGAAACAAGCAACAGACAGUGAUGCCCGUAUUGAGCGUUCAGUGAGGGAGCAUUCAGCUCUCAUGUCAAUCCUUGAUCGCCGCCCGAUUGAAUCUGCACUCCCAACUUUAGCAAGGCCAAUAAUGUCUUUGGAUGCUAAUGAAGAUGCUAUUGUGGGGGCGCUGAAGCAGAGCUUGAGGCAGUUGGAAACACUUGCUUCUGAACGUGCUGGUCUUGAAGACAUGCUUAAAGAGAUGAAAAGAAAGGAUGAUAUAUUACCAAAGUUGAUGACAUCAACUGGCUCCUAUGAAGAUCUUUUCAGAAAGGAGAUAUCAAAGUAUGAUCAUAUAUGUGAAGAAAUUGCUCAAAAUAUCGAAGCACAAGAGCAAUUAUUGCUGCAAAUCCAGGCACAAAACGAGGACUUCUCUGCCAUCUUUAAUCUCGAAGAUUACAAAGCAUCUCGUGAGAAAUGUUACAAGCAGAUUCAAGCUGCCAUAGCAAAGUUCCGAGAAAUUAAGGACAACAUUAACGAGGGGUUAAAGUUUUAUGUUACUCUUCAGGACGCAAUCACAAAUGUGAAGCAACAGUGCAGUGACUUUGUAAUGACCAGAAACAUGCAGUGCCGCGAAAUGAUUGAAGAUGUGCAGAGGCAAAUGGCAGGUCUCUCCUUCCAGGACAACAAAACCGCAGGUGCAUACAACAACAGUUAUCCUCCUGCGGGCCAUCAGCCUCCGAGGUCCAGUUCACAACCGCCAACUGAACCUCGUCCUCAAGCGCCACCUUACUACCAGCCUCCCGAGCAGCCUGCAGUGGCUGGGUAUGCUCACCCUGCUCCUCCCUAUAGCUCACCUCCAUAUGGUGCACCGCAGCAGCCACCGCCCCAGCCACCUUACCACUUGGCACCUCCCUCUGGGGCUCCAUAUCCUCCUCAGGUCCAACAGCAGCCUCCAGCAAGCCACGAAUAUGGCCAACCUGCGUACCCUGGAUGGCGCGGUCCAUACUACAAUUCUCAUGCACAACAAUCUGGUUCCAUGCCUCGGCCUCCUUACACCGUUCCAUCUCCAUACCACCCCCCUCCGUACCAAAGUGGAUACUAUAAGCAGCAAUAAUACGAAAGUCACAAGGGGCAAUAUAAAUUUUAUACUUUUGUUUGUAAGGUAUUUGAUACUCUGUGUCUUGGGGAUAGCUUCUCGGAUUUUAUGUUGUUUGCUGUCAGUUGAGAUUGUACAGCCUAUUCAUAUAGUAUAUUGUGGUUGAAAAUGCAUAAUGGCCUCUGCUUGUGAAGAGCGUAGAGCGUUAUGACAGGAUGUUACUAUGUAUAGCUGGAUCCUGAUAUUUCUCAAUGAUCUUGACAUGUUUAGACAUGAAAUUGAAUAAUGAUGGAUGGAUAGAAUUUGAUAUUUUUUUAAA